AUGGGCAGUCAGCCAUAUGCUCCUGAGACAUGGUGCACAUGGCUUGUUCCACUCAUCUUUUUGGUUUGUAUAUUCAUGUUUGGUUACACCAUGUAUGUCAACGAUUGUCCUGAGGCUACUGGACCUGAAAACUGUAUAUUAUAUCAUCCCUUGGGGAGGUUUUCGUUUCAACCAUUGACUGAAAAUCAUCUCUUUGGCCCUUCCAUCCACACGCUUAAACUUAUGGGUGGCCUUGAUCGGAAACUAGUGGUGGAUGAUGGUGAUUCAUUGAGACUUUUUUCUUGCAUUUGGCUUCAUGCUGGAGUUGUUCAUUUACUUGUUAAUAUGUUGAGUCUUCUAUUGACCGGUAUCAGACUCGAAGGGGAAUUUGGAUUUUUAAGAAUUGGACCUCUGUAUGUGCUUUCUGGGUUCGGCGGAAGUCUCCUGUCUUGUCUUUGUCAAGAAACAGGAAAAGAAACUAUUUCAGUGGGUGCUUCAGGUGCCCUCUUUGGAUUGCUGGGAGCCAUGCUUUCAGACCUCAUCACAAACUGGACAAUUUACACAAGGAAGUGUGUAGCAUUUGCACUCCUAGGGAUAGUUAUUGCCCUGAAUUUGGCUGCUGGAUUCAUACCUGGAGUGGACAAUUCCGCACAUAUGGGAGGAUUCAUCUCUGGGUUUCUUCUUGGCUUUAUUUUUCUUCUCCGCCCUCAAUAUGGAUAUGUAAGCAGCAAAUAUAUAGCAGCAGGAUAUGAUAUCAAGCAAAGGAAACCCAAGUACAAGUUCUAUCAAAAACUGUUGUGGGUUGCAGCUUUAGUAACUUUUGUCAUCGGAUCCUUGAGUGGCUUGACAAAAUUAUACAGCGUCAAGACAAUAGAAGGCUGAUUUGCUUGACAAAGAUAUACAAAAAGCAAGGGAACAGAAAGAAUGCCA